AUGUUCGACAGGACUAACGGAACGCCGGCCACGCGCUUUCAGCAUCAACAGGAUGUUCUGCUUUGCAUGGUCGGGAGUCUCAGGAGGGAUUUAACAAACGAUAUCGCUACCAGUGUCGGUAGGCGAAUGGGCUUCGCGGACUCGACAGCUCGAGGCACUUCAACCAUUAUUGACAUCGGAACUGAUCUAAUUCCUUCUAUGGCUAGGCUCUCCCUUGACGAACUACGGAAGACGCUUGAUCGCCAAGGUGGGCUGGCAGUGGUUCUAGAAAAGCUCAUAUAG